GACCAGAAAACAGCACUGAAGUCAUUAAAGCAAAGUAAAGUUAAAGUACCUCAGCGAUGUCUGCCAAAGUGUUGACUCUUGUCUUCAUGUAGGCUUGCUUGAUGAGUCCAAAGCCACAGUCAGGGGAAAACUUGGUGUGGCCAGCAAUAAGGAAGUGGAUUUCAAUUUUAUCGUGAAGCUUGUGUCCAACCCGCCAGGCAAGGUACCAGAGCAUGAAGUUGUUCUUGUUCUGCCCACUACAGUUGUCACAAUGAAGAUCCACCUCUGUUUCUCCAACUCCAAAGUUGCCGAAGAAAUGAUGCAUGUAGCUGAUGACUUCAUUGCUUCCCUUAGUAGAUGACAUGCCUUCAUCAAUCAGAAAGAAUGGCACAUCUAUACACCUCUCUCGUGUUGCUCUGUUUUCUUUGUUCAGUGUGGCCUGAUGUGAUGUUUCACUUUACUCACCUGGGAACAAAGUGUGAAGAACCCUGCAAGCGUGUGGGUCAUGAGUACAAGUGUGAGUCUACUGAUAAAGAUGGAAAUGUCCAGUCAAUGUACUGUUCACCUAAAACAAAAACAGACUACAGGGGUUUUGAAUGCGGUGAGUGUGGGACGGGUGGAAAAGGCUACUAUUAUUGCAAAACUGGUUCUUUAUUUUCGCUUUAUUUACCAUGGGGAUAUUGUGGGCUGGUGACGGAUAAGAAUAUCUAUUAUGGAUCUAGGACAGGCGUGAUGUGUCAUGAUAAAUGUGACCAAGAUAAAAACUAUUUGUGCAAUACUGCAAAGGGACAAGAUCUCUGCUCACAAUUUCUAAACAAAGAUAACAUGAACAGGCACUGUAAAGAAGACAGUCCAUGUAGGAAGCGGGGUCAAAAUUACUACUGGUGCUGGCUGAAGGAGGGAAGCUGGGGACACUGUGGGCCCGUGGAACCAAAGAUGUUUCUCCAUCGGUCUAAGAAAGAUCAUCUUUGCGUAGACGAAUGCCAAUAUCAUGAGAGUGGUGAUUACUACUGGUGCCACACUGACAGUAGCUGGGACUACUGCUCUCCAGAUGUGGAUGUAACCUAUAAAAACAAGCCGUGUCGCUCAGAUCACUCCUGUGGUUUACACGGUGAAAGUUACAACUGGUGCUGGACCUCAGAGUCAGAUUAUGAUUACUGUGGGCCUGUUGUAUCUGGAGAGUGCACUUAUGACACCUCUCAAAACCGCAACAGAGGAGACCUAAAAAACAGAAAACUGAUAUGCACACAGGUGGACAGAGCUAAAACGAUUAUUACCACCUUUAAUGUGGAGCCAGCUCCUAAUGACAUCGCUGAUGGCAGUCAAUGGAAAAGGGAGGCAGAAAUCUUAAUCAAGCGCUGGGACAAUGAGUACCUGGUGGGCCACGGCCACUCAAAUCUGAUCCACUCUUAUAAUGUCCAUAUCGAUAUGAAGGACAAUAUCAAGCGCAACAAUCAGUCCUACUAUGACCUGCGGAUCCAUUUGAAACAGGGGCCUGGUAGAAGCCCCACUGUGUCUCAGAUCAUCGUGCCUCCUGGAAUUCCUGAUCGCUACAUGCGCAGAGCCUUCCUGGAGAGCUUCAGGCACCGAGCUCGAGUUUUUGUUGACGUUUCAAUUCAAAAUUAGCAUUAGAGCUUUGGUUUGGAAAUGUGCAAAGUAUAGUAGACCUACUACAGAUAUAAAUCUUUAAGCUUUUUGAUGUACAACACAAAUACUGAGCAGAAUAAACAAACAAUUUGUUCAUGAAAAA